GCCGCUUUCAUUUCAUUCAAGUUAAAAAAAUCUUCCAUCUUUUCCGACGAUGAUCAGCCCAGAGGUGAUAAAUUUUGAUCCACCAAAAUUUCUAAACCAGGAAUACACUGUGAAAAGAGAGCAAAUAUUCAACAAGGUGCCCUCUGAAGAAUAUGGAAAUCAUUUUCACGGAAUAACUGCAGUUCUGCCUGGUGAAAUAUCGGAAAUCGCAGAAGUCCAAGACUAUUUUCUAGAUUCAAUAUAUUACAGAGUCGAGAACUUUCCCGUUUACAAAUUGUUGGAACCAGAUUUUCUUUCAGCCUUUAUUAAAAAAGGAUGUCUUGAUGCUCGAUCCCUUGGGACAUGGUCAGAUGUUGACCAGAGCAUUAGUCUUGAAUCAGGUAAGCUUCACCUUUCUGUGGGGAAAGAUGUUUAUCAAGAAUUGGGAUUAAGUGGACACAGAGAUAUAACUUCAUCCAGACAGCAAACUGCAAUAUAUCGUGUGACCAUUGAUCUUCGUGAUGAGAAGUUUAUUCCAGAUAGCAAGUACUACAAAAGAGUAUUUUGGUGUUUGAAGAAUCAAGUUUGUUUACAGUUUGACUGGAUUAUGAGUUGGCAACCCCACAAUGUGGACAUAUGCCCUUCCUCAUUUGCUGCUUACCUUGACUUACUUGGUUUUGGAGUUGUUCAGUGUAAGCCAAAGUUUGAAGAAAGAAUUUUGACCCAAACAGAUAUCCCAAUGCUACACCCUGAAACAGAUCUUUUGGAUGUUGUUGAAUGGGUUGGAGCUGCUGCAUUGAACAUAACUUGCCCCAAAGAAGAAGACUAUGCAUCAUCUAUGAUUUGCCCAGAGCCCUCUUAUAAGUCAGAAAAGGUCCACAUUUUAAAGUGGAGAGGAUUUUUUCUUUCCACCCAGGCAAAACAUUUACUUGGGUUGAUUCUAAGAUUGCAUCCAGAAGUAACAGAAACUAGUCAGCCUGCCUGGCUUAAUCUCACCUUCCAUGGAUUUGACGAAUUUCGAACAGCACCAAAUAUUUGGUCCGUUUUUACAACCACAUCCGACGUUUGCCACGUCUUUACAAGUCAAACAUCAAGAAGAAAAAUGAAGUGAACUUAAUUCCAUGUGUGCCAUGCCAUCAUCAAUUUUUUUAUGAAUAAAUGAUUAAUAUGGGAAAAUUAAGAACCUCCUGCAAUAAUGCACAUAACAUGAUUACUUGUUUUGCCACAAAU